AAAAGCCAGCUUGGUGAAACACUAAUUCAAAAGCCAUAGAAAACCAAGAUUGUAUAGGAUUUGAUAUUUUAUAGUUUUUCUAAUUCAUGUCUAGAUAGGAUAUAUAGUACAAAAAAAUUAUAAGAUUGAAUAGAUUUUCUAGUUUUCUAGCUAAUUUAAGUUUUGCACCAUGGAGAAUACUGAAGAAUUGUCAAUGAAAUUCGAGGAGGUGCUGAAAUUGAGUAACGACAAAGAUGUUGUUACAGAUGAUUAUUCAGAUUCAGACAUAAGUCUUCGUGUAUUGGACCUUACAGGUGUCGAUGGUUUUAUGGAAUUUUAUGCAUAUGUCAAUGAUAGUGUGUCUUGUGACACUUUUGAAUCAAAAGAAGACGCUGUUGUUGCAGAUGAUUAUUCAGAUUCCGACAUGAUUAGUCUUCGUCCAUUGGACCUCACUGAUGUUGAUGAUUUUAUGGAAUGUUACAUGGAUGACAACGUUAGUAUGUUCUAUUCAUGUGAACCUUUUGAAUCCAAAGAAGAAGCAAUGCAACACAUGGUGGAUUUUGAAUUAACACGUCCAUGGAAUAGAGCAAUUUGUUUAAAUGACAAGGUGAUUGGUACUAUUUGUGUGACCCCUUUGGAUCAAGAAUGGUAUAGCUGCAGGGCUGAAAUCGGAUACGAGAUAUCAUCAAAGUAUUGGGGCAAAGGGAUUGCCACCAAGGCUGUGAAGAUGGUGGCGUCCACCAUCUUCGUAGAAUGGCCAUGUUUGGCCAGGCUUGAGGGUGUGGUAGAUGUUGAAAAUCCAGCAUCACAAAGGGUGUUGGAAAAGGCUGGUUUUACAAGAGAAGGUAUUAUGAGGAAAUAUUAUCUUCGUGAUGGUGAACCAAGAGAUAUGGUAAUGUUUAGUCUUUUAUCUACGGAUUCUUUAGACAAUUUGGGUCUAGAUAUCCCGAUUUGUGGAAAGAGUAGCUAUGAGAAGCGGAAAAACCAUUCAGGAAGCGACGGACGGAAAGCGGGGAAACAUCCUUUUUCUGUCUUCUCUCCAGAGAGGAAGGAAAGCACCGCCAAGCCAACAAGAAAGAAUAAAUUUUCGCGAUACUAAAAGGAACUUGGAACGAAACUUUGGAUUAUUUGGAACAAGUUGAUAAAAUUAAAACAUGUAUCUUUAAAUUCUUUCAUUUGAAAACAAAUUAUGUUUGUUUGGAAAUUUAUUUUAUUUCUAACUUUUGUUAA